AUGAAGGCGACAUUCAUAUCCACUGCUUUAACCUUUGCAAUUGGGGCAUCUGCUCGCACCUUCACUGUCUACAACGCAUGCCCGUUCACAAUUUGGCCGGCAAUUUUUACCGACCUGAACGUCGCGCCGAAUGUUCCUUCGUACACAACAGGAUGGGAGGCGAAACCUUACACCAAAGUGUCAUUCACGGUACCUGACAAUUGGAAGGCGGGUCGUAUCUGGGGAAGACGUAACUGCGAUUUCAGCAAAAACCCGGGACCAAACUCGUGCAUAACAGGAGGCUGUAAUGGAGGUCUCCAAUGCAAUUCUCGCACCGGAACUGGUGUUCCUCCUGCAACUGUUGCAGAAUGGACUUUGGAAGGCGCCGAGAACAAGGACUAUUACGACGUCUCUCUGGUUGACGGUUAUAAUCUUCCAAUGAGGAUUACUAACAAUAAAGGAUGCCCAGUGGCUGACUGCCCGGUCGACUUAGGUCCGAACUGCCCCGCUGCAUUGAAAGGACCGUACGACGCUUCCGGAUUCCCAGUUGGCUGCAAGUCGGCUUGCUUUGCCAACCUUGAUGGGAAUCAAGGAAACUCUGGUAAUUGCUGUUCUGGAAGUCACAAUACCCCUGAGACGUGCCCAUCUUCAGGAGUUGCAUACUACAGCUACUUCAAGAAAAAUUGUCCGAAAGCAUAUGCCUAUGCUUACGAUGAAGGUAGCGGCACAGCCCUCUGGACCUGCCCAUCAAGCCUCAAGGCUGACUAUACCCUCACUUUCUGCCCCUAA